AUGGAGGAGACAGACUGCAUCAGCAGAUUCUUCAAUAUGGAAGAAAAUACUACAUCUCUUAGCCCAAGAAUCCUACCAAAAGCGUUUUCACCGAGCAAAAGCUUGGACUCGUCGCAAGACCUGAGCCAGGCGUCUAUAGAAUCAGAAGAGCUCAGUCUAUCACAACUAACUAUAGAAGAACAAGAACCGCUAGAUAUACAACCUUUUUUCAACAUCACACCAAGAGCAAUGCCAGUGUCACCACAUUAUGUAAUCGAAGAAGAGUUUUCAUCAAACCCCUGGGCGAUGUUAAUAGCAACAAUUUUCCUAACUAAAACUUCGGGAAAAACCGCCAGGCCCUACAUAAAAACAUUCUUCGCAGAAUAUCCAACACCUUAUCAUGUUUUAAGUGACACGCCAUUAUCUUUAGAAAGGUUCUUUGAUAACUUAGGAUUAAGGAAAAGAGGUCAUAUGAUAUGGAAGCUCAGUUAUCAGUUUGUUUCUUCAAAAUGGCGACGAGCCAGUGACUUAUGCGGCAUUGGUAAAUACGGCGAGGAUGCUUACAGGAUAUUCUGUCUGGGUCACACGGAUGUAGACCCUACCGACAGGUAUUUAAAGUUGUAUUUAGAUUGGUUGUGCGGCCACACUGAGUUUUUGGAGGAAAGCGGCGCUGUAGACAGUGAAUAUCUAAUUGAAGAUCCGAUUAUGAAGUAUUACAGAAUUACAUUGAAUUGA